AUGCAUGCAUACAUACAGCCGCAGACCGAGCAAAGGCUUCGAAAGGCAUUCUCCGAUGUUUCAGUUGAAAUAAACAAGUAUAAGAACGAACUGGAAUUUAGUAGCAACGAUUUUAUGCUUGCUACAAUUGAUGAAGUGAAGCAGGCAGAGUGUGAAUGCUGUGGACUGAAGGAGGAGUGCACACAAGGCUAUAUCAACGAAGUCGAGGGCUCCUUUUCAGGUAAAUGGGUUUGUGGGCUCUGUUCAGUAGCUGUCAAAGAUAAUAAGACGAGGGCUCCAAAUGGCACUCCCAUGCAAGAAGUCGUGAGCUCUCACAGGGACUUUUGCCAGAAGUACAAGAGCACUAGGCUCAACCCUCAGCUCUCAUUGACCUCUGCCCUGAGGGACAUAGCAAAAAGAAGCUCUGAGAGUAGAAAUCUGAACAACAACAUGCCAAUGCUUGGUCGUAGAAACAGCUGCGGUCCAAGAAUUGAUUUCAAGCAAUAUAUGUAA